UCCAGAAUCCGCAUUACAUUGAACUAAUGCGUGUGUAUGUGUAAAGCAUGGGUCUUAUUAUUGAGAAAGGCGGCAGAGAAACGACUGCAAAUAACUGCCUCUCAGUUCGCUUCAGACCAGCGGUUCAGACAGUCAGACAGAAAUGAGGUCAGAUACACGAACGCUCAUUGCACACUCCGAUUAUUAUUACACGGUUUAUUCAGCCAAUGGACGCCGGCGGGGAGUGGUUUUGGCCAAAAACAGGAUAGAGACAGCGCGUGAUUGGCUGUUUAGAAUGGCUUUUAUUUCUCGGGAGGGGAUAUAAAAGUGUGUGGCGUUGAACGGUAUGUUUACAGUAUACUGGCAGAACGAUAAGGAAAAAGGGGACUAUGAAAAAGUGCGACACUUCCAUUCUUCCACAUGGUUCUCUUACUGCUCAGGCUAGCUGUGCAGACAGCGAUAUUAAACAUCUCAUAGGAAAGUUACGGAGUUGUUUUCAGCAGCGAAGUGUUCUUGGUAUCACAGGGCGAGUUUUCAGUCGCACUGGAAGUUGAACGUUUGAGUGCAGAACUUUGACGUUUGAACUUGUUAUUUUGUGCAUCUUUUGGAAAAUAUCCGCGCACCGGAGACUUAAGUACACAGUGCUCCAAAACGGACUGAUCAGACAGAGUACUGCGAAGAAAGAGAAAGCAGACCUGCAACAACUUUUACACAUUCGGUCUGUGUGGUUACACAAACAUACAUUUCUUGAGUGACUGAAACAAAACUCUGAUGAUAGAACAUUGGCAACUUUUACGCACUUCACACCAUAACGACAUAAUUCUGAAUAGCACUUUUUUAAAAAUUUGCAUUCCUGUCUAACCGAGAGACAGAGAAGGAAAGAAAGGGAAACGAUGGUACAGCACAUCAGCCACGCAGAGAGCACAGAUCCCUUCUCUCCCGGCGGCGACUCCACCGAUACCGGGGAUAUGGACUUGGACGUGGACCCGUCCCCGACUCCCGGGUCUCCGCUAUCCUCCAACGGAAGGGACCGAGGCAACGUCGCCUGGUGUAAAACCCCCACAGGACACAUCAAGAGACCGAUGAACGCGUUUAUGGUGUGGUCUCAGAUCGAGAGGAGAAAGAUCAUGGAGCAGAGCCCGGACAUGCACAACGCCGAGAUCUCCAAGAGGCUGGGCAAGCGCUGGAAGCUGCUCAAAGACACGGACAAGAUCCCCUUCAUCCGGGAAGCAGAGCGGCUGAGGCUCAAGCACAUGGCCGACUACCCUGACUACAAGUACCGGCCGAGGAAGAAGGUUAAGACACCCAGUACCAAGACAGAGCGGGGAGAGAGAGGGGAGAAAGGAGCGGAUAGGAGCGGGGGCUCAAAAUCCUCCUUGAAAAAAAGCUCUGGAUCUAUGGGGGCCAGCAGAGCGCACAAGCAGGGACAGGGGAGCGCCAAGCUGGCUACCCAGGGGCCGGAGUGUGCAUCUUCCGCGGAUCACCACACACUCUACAAAUCCAGGUCAGUGACUAGCGCUCGACAGAUACCAGACAAGCAAACGAGGCGCGAACACAUGUUUGGCGGAGGAGGGAGCUUGGACAGCGGGCCACCCUCUGUGGGAGUCCCGGGCAGUCCUGCCCUGAGCAGCUCGGCUGAGUCCAGUGACCCGAUGAGCCUGUACGAUGACCAGGUGACGGGGACUAGCAAAGCCACUAACCCUUCAUCAUCCUCAUCAUCAAAGGCCCGCCUCAGGUAUACACGUGCUUCCUCUCCAACCCCGUCCGCCUCUCACUCCUCUGCCUCCUCCCUCUCUUCUUCCUCGGAUGAAGAGCAGGAGGAUGAGCGGUUCGAGCUACAGCCGAGCCCUGGGUUUAAGAGCAUGUCUCUGGGCAGCAUGGGGCCAUGUGUGUCGGAGCUGGACAGGGAUCUGGACUGGAGCUUCGGGGAGUGCGGGGCGGGAUCUCACUUUGACUUCCCCGACUACUGCACCCCAGAGGUCAGCGAGAUGAUCUCGGGAGACUGGCUGGAGUCCACCAUCUCCAACCUGGUCUUCACCUACUGAGCGGCAGAGAGGAGGAGAGAAAAGAAAACGCACAGAGAAAAUAAGGGAAAGAGAACCCCCUGCCUCGCGCAAAACUAAAACCCCGUGAGUGAGAAUCUUCAGACAUUCUUUCAGAUUAAUGGGGAGUGAAACGUGCACAAAAUAAUUCCCCUGCGGUUUCGGAAAAUAAUAGCCUAAUUUGAAGGACAUGUGUUUAGGUUAUUCAAGCAUGGUGUGUGCUUAAUUAAGAACAUCAUAUUUUUCAUUUUGUGCUUAUUGACAGGGAUCAUAGACACGAAUUGGGACAGGCAUGGGAGCAUUGCUGCCUAGUGCGCAGACCUGACGGAAAUAAAGUGCUUAGCUUGCAUUUGGAGACGGGAGAAAUGCUUUCUUACUCCCUUUGAUCCCGCCUCUGUUUAGGAGUGACACACAGACGGACUUACUGAACGGAAGCAUUCAACCGGGCCGCAGAAGGACGUUUUUUUCUGCCUGAUGGUGAUGAUGACUGUAUGAAUAAAGAACAUUUUUGGAGAGCUUGACGUUGCAAGUGGGUUGACGGUUUUAUAAGGGACCCAGUCUGGUUAUUUACCCGCCCUGUGUUGAUGGUGUUUGUGGAGUUAAUAUUCAGGUUUGUUUUUCUUUCUGAAACUUAGAAUAAUAAUGAUAACAGCAAGCACGCGCUCCCUGUGGACUAUUGUUCAAUUUUAGUGAUGAACCUGAAAUAAUAAUGUUUAUCGCAAUGUGAUUACAGCGCUGAGUGUGUGUGUGUGCGCGCGCGUGUGUGUGUGUAACCACAGAACACAGUUCACAAUCACCAGCUUUCCUCUCAACGGCAGGACUUUUAAUUAACAACUUAAAACUCAGAAUCUUUUGUCUGAAAACUUUUACGCUCUCAAUGCACAUUUCAGGACCAUUUCCCUUCCUGCGCAACUCCUAGUGCUUCUGACUUUGUAGUUAUUCUAUAUCAGAUGACGUUUUUUAUAUCGAUGUAUUUAUACCAGCCGAACAUGUUUUUUUUGUUGUUGUUUUAUACUUUGAAGUAUUGUUAUCGUAUAAUAGGUCUCGUUUAUGUGUAAGCCAUGCACCUGUCUGUAUCCCUCCGCGGGAGGGCUAGACGUGUAUCUUAUUUGAAUGUUAAUAUCUCUCACUUUUUAAAGGAGAACUCAGUGUGUCAUUGUCUAUACGUGUAUUUUUGUAGAAGAUCUAAAGAGUGGAUGCCGGUGGAUUUUUAGGGUUAGUUUCCCUUAUCUUCGAAGCCAGAGGGUCCGUUGUCACACAAUCUGCUCCCUAUACUAUGUUUACGCAUUGAUAGUAUCACGCCACAUGCUUCUUAAAGGCACAGUGUCUAUAUUUCACCAGCCGAGUAAACAAACUCUCACACCACUGGAGCACCAUUUCCACCCGGUGACUGCGUUUCUACAGUGGGUUUGGAUAACCUGGACCCAAUCUGUUUGCUCUGUCAUGUUAAAGACCUUGGCAUGAUGGCACAAACAGACUGGUACACAGGCUAUAUCAGAACUGUUAAAGAGAGAGAUAGAGAUGCUGUUCGAUUGAGAGAAAACAUCUGUAUGCUUUUAUGGUGAUAUGUUUGAUUUGAAACCACUGGAUGGAAUGUGACACUCACUAUAUUCUAUAUGCCUAUUUGAGUCAGAGGGAGAUGGAGGGAGGUGGAGGGAGGUGGAGGGAGGUGGAGG